AUGAUGUUUCUUGAACUCACUGCACCCGGCUCUCCCAUUGCGGAGUCAGCCUCUACCAUCUCUUCUGAGGACAACAAGCUUCUUGUCCUCACUCCCCCCGCUCCCACCUUCGCGGAGACUUCCAACGCUACCUCUGCUGGGGCCGACGUUGGCAACACCGACAAGGUAAGUCUCGAAUCUACAAUCAAGGAUCAUGAGCUAAAGGAACCCAAGGUCUUCAACCAAAUGAUCACCCAGUUGAACACGAUGCGCGCCAAGGUUCGGGCCCUUGAGUCGGAAAACAAAGAACUCAAGGCCCAAGUUCAGUACGAGAAAUCCUUCAAGGAGCACUUCUCGAAGAAUCUUGACGAAGCCAACCGUAACUGGCACUGCGCUGAACUUGAAGCCGCUGCCAAGGAUGCCGAGCUCGGACGAGUCCGUGAGCGCCUCAACCUCGUCCAACUUCAGGCAGCCGAGCAAGAGGAGCUUCAUGCCGUCAAGGAGCAGAAUAUCGAGCUCCAAGCUCGUGUCCGCCUCCAGUUCACCCUCACCACCCAUCAACACGUCCAAAUGUUGAAGCAUAUGAUGCACGACUGGAAGGCCCAGGUGGAGCAGAAGAUCGACGACGACUUUGAGAAGAACAAGGCGGACCAGAAAGAAUCCGCCGCCCCAAUCGACGCCGACUACGAACGACUCAAGGCUUUGAUCGAGGGUCAUGAGAAGAUCAUCGCGAACAUCAAGAAGGGCAACGACAAGUUUGUCACUCAGAUCAAGGAUCUCCGUGAGGAAGAAGAUGCUUCGCUCAUCUCGGACCUGACUGCCGAGCGCUUCGAGGCUUUCUUUUAUGAGCGCGAGAAGAUGGUCGCUCAGCUUGAGAAUGAGAAAUGCGGCUUUGAACAGAAGGUUCACGACAACUAG